AUGACGGAUCCGACCAACGCUAAAGCGAAGCACUUCGAUGGCGUCCUCGUCGUCGGCGCCGGUCCAUCAGGCCUCAUACUCACCUAUGAACUCAUGCGCCGCGGCGUGCCGGUCCGCCUGGUCGAAAAGCGCCAAGGACCUUCUCACACAGCCCGUGCAAUGACGGUACACGCCCGCUCAAUGGAGAUGUUCGACCAUAUGAGCAUUGGCCACCGACUGAAAGAAGUCUGCCUCGAAUGUCCCGGAAACCGAUAUCAUUUCCCAGGCAUGCCGGACGAACAGUGUCCCAAGACUGAUUAUCGUGUAUUGCCAACGAGGUACCCGUUCUACUACAAGAUCAGCCAGAACGAUUUCGAGCAGGUGUUGCGAGAGCAUCUGCUCGCAACCCAGGGGAUGGCACCAGAGUACCAGACCGAGAUCGUGGCACUGUCCAGCCCGGCGGAGAUCGAAAAGGAUGGGCUCGUGAAGGCCACGAUCAAAUUACCCAACGGCCAAACGGAGGUCAUCACAUGCCCGUGGGUCAUCGGGUGUGACGGCGUCAAGAGCUUCGUUCGUGAUGUGGCUGGCAUCAAGUUCAACGGUGAAGUCGUGGCCGCGAUGGCCAUGAUGGAUGUGCCCUUAACAAGCGUGAACUUUGACGACCGAUGGAUGAAUUAUUAUUUUACUAAAGACUUGUUCAUGAACGUCACACGAAUGCCUGGUGGAGUCUGGCGAAUCUACAUGAGCGAGCCCACGGGAGAAUACGUGUACAGGGAAGACAAGAAGCAAUCGUUCCAGGAGGUUGCCGACAAGAUCGGCAUCGGCUUCAAGCUGGGAGAACCCGAGUGGGCGACCUCCUGGGAUAUCAGGAACAACAUUGCCAGUCACUAUCGCGAGGGAAGGCUGAUCAUCUGCGGCGACGCAAGUCACGUCCACUCUCCGUCAGGAGGCCAGGGAAUGAAUGGCUGCAUGCAAGACGCAUUCAAUCUUGGCUGGAAGCUCGCCGCUGUAUAUAAGGGGCAAGGGAGAGCAGAGAUCCUCGACACUUAUGAAAAAGAAAGAAAGCCCAUCGGCGAACAGAUCAGCCAUGGUGCAAUGGCAACUCAUCAUAUUGUCAUGGGCUUCGGCGAAGAGCCUGGAGACAGGUAUCAUUUGACGCAGGUGCCAAACUGGGAAGACACCACCAUCAAGUUAGUAUCAGGCCUCUCACACAACUACUGCAAAGUGGUCCGUGUUCCGGACGGGCUCCGUCCGACCAAAGGACCGAGGGCAGGCGAGAGAGCCCCUGAUGCGCUCUUGACCAAGUCUCCCCUGCGACAUCUUUAUGACAUCUUCCGCCGGCCACAGUUCACACUUCUCGUUUGUCCCAGCAAACUACGGAAGAAUGAGCACCUGGCGCACGCCGUGACCAUCCGAGACACGCUUGAGAAACGAUUCCCCAAUUGCGUUUGCAUCUACCUCAUCUCCGACAAACGUGAGGCAGAGUUUGAUUUCGAUCAUCAAUCCAAUGACGAAACAGGCGAGUUCCUGGAGAGGUACGAGAUCGAUCAGAAUGAUGAUGGAAGGUUGGUGCUGGUCAGGCCUGAUCUCUAUGUUGCAAUGUCGUGCUGUAUGAGUGAAUGGGAAGCUGUAUCGGAAUAUCUUGAGCAGUGGUAUGUACCGGUUGUGGCCAAUGGCGAUGCCAGGACCAGUAAUCAAGUCUGA